AUGGGGUCUGGGUGGGUUCCCUGGGUGGUGGCUCUGCUCGUGAAUCCCAUCCGGCCGAAUUCCUCUGUGACUCGAGGCAGAGACCCUCCAGAAGAUUUUGUGAUUCAGGCAAAAGCUGACUGUUACUUCACUAAUGGGACAGAAACGGUGCGGUUUGUGGUCAGGUUCAUCUUUAACUUGGAGGAGUAUGCACAUUUCGACAGUGAUUUGGGGAUGUUUGUGGCAUUGACGAAGCUGGGGCAGCCGGACGUUGAGCUAUGGAACAGUCGGACAGAUAUUCUGGAGAGGAGUAGAGCUUCUGUGGAUACGCUCUGCAGACACAACUACAAGCUUGGUGCAUCCUUCACCGUGGAGACAAAAGUGCAACCAGAGGUGACUGUGUAUCCAGAGAGAACCCCAUCCCUGCAACACCACAACUUGCUGCUCUGCUCUGUGACCAAUUUCUAUCCAGGGAACAUCACGAUCAGGUGGUACCGGAAUGGGCAGGAGGAGACAACUGGAGUCAUAUCCACAGGACUCAUCAGGAAUGGAGACUGGACCUUUCAGACUGUGGUGAAGCUGGAAAUGACUCCUGAACUUGAAGAUGUCUACACCUGCCUUGUGGAUCACCCCAGUCUGUGGAGCCCCAUUUCUGUGGAGUGGAGAGCUCAGCCUGAUUAUUCUUGGAGAAAGAUGCUAGGUGGAGUUGGAGCCUUCCUGUUUGGGCUAAUCUUCCUUCUUGUGGGGAUCAUCAUCCACCUCAGGGCUCGGAAAGGAUAUGGGAAGAUGCAGUAAUCUGGUGAUGAGGUCUCAGGAGCUCUUCUCCCACCACAGCCAUCCCGAGGUCCUCAUUGAAGCUUCUCCCCCUGGAGUCUAAAACUGUAUGGAGUGGCCUGGGACCAAGGCUAUGUAAAGGACACUCAGAGGUCAGAGCUCUGGGAGUGACUCUUUUCUGUGACCCGUUGAGGAGUCCUGAACUGAUUCCAGUUUUGUUUUUGGAGAUCAUUUAUCUCCCACUCUUUUACCCUUCUUCCUCCUAUUUAUAUACUGGCUUAGUCCCCACUUCCAGUGAAACCAUCCAGAAAUUCCCUAAUGCUUAACUUCUUCCAGCCCAACUCCAUUAACUUUUCUGUGGUCCUCCCUAAUUCUAUGAGUAAUUUUUCCAAAUCUUUCUCUCUUCCAACUCUUCACAGUCUUCAGAAGACAAAUGCAUGGACAGUCAAUGUUUCCGGUUUUCUAUUUUAAAACCUUUGUUAUUGUAAAAUAAAACAAAGGUACAAACAAUCACAAAAAUGUAUAGUUCAAUGAAUUAUUUAAGGUAAAACUCCUGUAAUAACCACUCAGGUUAAAAAACAGAACUUUGUUGGUCAUCCCAGAAGUCUCAAUGUGACUUAGGCCAAUCAAAUCUCCACUUCCCCUCAAAGGCAAUCGUACCCGACUUUUAUGGUAACCCCUUUCUGUGUUUCUUUAUAGCUUAUUCCUCUAACUAUGCAUCCCUUUACUCUAUA